GUCAUCUUCCUCUUUCUGGUUAAGUUCGUGUUUUUAGUCAUGUAGCAGAGCUCUCAGCAGAGCUCUCAGAAGGAACGAGUUGAGAAGAUCAGGACACAAUUGAGCAGGGUUCCUCUUUCCUGAAAAAUAAAACCUCAACUCGAUUAACGGACUCUACCUGAAAUUACAAGGAAAACAGAUUUCUGUUCCACGCUGAACUGAUCGACAACUUUGAGGUCCCAUCUGACAUUACAUUAAAGCCAACAAUGAAACAACUCAAAACCUUUUAAAUUCUGCUUUUCUGGGUGUUGACUAGACAAAAUGGGCUCUCAGAAUUAUCAACUAAGGCUGCUUGGAGUUAUUCUCUGUUCUGUUCAACUCAUCAGUGGCUACAGCUUUAAAAGCUGCAUCGCAGAUCAAUAUUCAAACUUGACAAGUUUCCACUGCAACAAUCGAAAUGACAAGAACAUAUCUGCUAUAGUAAAUGACCUCCCUACAUCUGCUGUCAAUGUCACAGCUUCUUUCAACCACCAUGUGCAGCACAUUUCCAACAACAGUUUUGUUCAUUUGCCAAAUUUACAGUACCUCAACUUAGAUCAGAACCAGCUAUGUUCGAUUGAUCCUUUGGCUUUUCAUAAAUUGCAUCAACUUAAGUAUCUAAAUAUGUCCUUUAACAGUUUAUCAGAGCUCAGCCCAGUCUUGUUUGAAGACCUGCAUAGCCUCACCUCCCUGUCACUGAUUAACAACAUUUUAAAGGCGUUGCCUGAAGGCAUUUUCUCCAAUGUUGUUAAUCUACAAAAUUUAAACAUGAGGAACAACCAUCUCACAAAUUUUUCUGCGGUUGUGAAGUCUGUAUCACAUCUAACAAAUUUAACCUUCUUAGAACUUGGCUUCAACAAUUUGACUUCGCUAAGUGAUUUAAAUAUACCUCUACCACAAUCCCUCAAAGUGUUAAACCUGCAAAGAAAUAAUCUGCAUACUUUGGGAUGUAACCCAUCACUUUUCGGGUUCAUCAAGCUGCUUGACCUGUCGUUCAAUUUUAAACUUCCUACGAGAGCUUUACAAGGAGUGGAUCUGAGCAAUGUAAAGAUGCUGAAAUUGCAGUCAACGAGUGUCAAGGCAGUUGAGUUUUUAAACACCAGCAACAUCAAUGCAGGUCAUGUUGUUUUCUCAGGGAUGGGUCUGAAGAAUGAUAGUCUCCUCAUGGAUCUAUGCACAGUGCUGGGAAGAAAGCAGAAAUUAAUAAAAAAUUUAUAUUUAAGACAUAAUGGCAUUCGGAAUAUAACAAAUGCUGCUCUAUCCUUCUGCCCUAAAAUCAUUGGAGCUUUGGAUUUAUCCAACAAUGAGCUGAAAACAGUUAACUGCCUAGACUUUUUAAGCAAACAAAUCAGCAUCAAUAAGUUUAUUGCAGAGCACAACCAUCUUACAUUUCUCCCAUAUUGUAAAGGGAAAAAAUAUAUAAAUUUUAAAAGUUUAAAAGAACUGAGCUACCGAUACAAUCGAAUUCUCUCAGUAAACGCAUAUGCUUUCAGUCACAUGCCAAAUAUCGAGAUGCUGAAGCUCAACAUAAAUAAUGUAGCUUUUCUCCAUCGCAAAGGUCUUAGAGGGCUGACAAGACUUAAGACCCUCCGGCUGGACAAUAACCUCCUUACUGAUUUGUUUAUUGACACAUUUAGAGAUAAUUACAAACUGCAAAUCCUCAAUCUACGCAAUAAUCGCAUUUCUGUCAUAUUUAAUGGAACCUUUAUGAACCUAAGAAAUUUAACUACUUUGGACCUUGGAGGAAAUAAGAUCACCCAUAUACAGCCAUCUGGUCUUGAUGGGUUAAAAAGCCUUUCAAAAUUCUACCUAGAUGGAAACAACCUCAAACAAAUAGACUCUUCAUUCUGCCAUGCUUUCCAAGACACACUCACAGUACUGGAUUUGCAAAAAAAUCUGAUUCGUUUUUCCACAGAUGGUAUCAGUUCACCAUUUGUGAAACUCCGCAAGCUCAGCGAUCUGAAACUAGAUGGCCAGAGAAAUCAUGGCCUCGUCCUUAUACCUCGAAACUUUUUCAAAGGACUCCAUUCGCUAAAAUCUUUGUACCUCACCAACAACAACAUCGCUUUUCUUGCUCCUGAAGUGUUUGAUGAUCUGAUAAACUUACAGUUCCUCACACUGGAUAACUGCUGUGUUGGAGUGGCCCAGUUACAACCUGGCGUCUUCAAGAAUCUCAAAAAUUUAACCAGGUUGAUUGUAGAAAAUAUGGGAAUUCAGAACUUCUCCAAGGAGGUUUUCGGGAAUCUUACAAAGCUACGCAUUCUUCAGCUAAAUCGUAAUGUAAUGCAGAGCAUUUCGGUAGAUGUGCUCGAGAGUUUACCUCAACUCGACUACCUUGACAUCCGUAGUGUCCCUCUUAGCUGUACCUGCAAAAAUAGCCUCCUGCAAAAUUAUACAGUUAAUAACCAAAAGGUCCAGGUGAUCUAUCUCUACUUAAUGUCAUGCCAGGAGAACAAAACACACAAAUUUCACAACUUUAAUACAAAUGUUUGCUACAUAGAUCUAGGAAUGUAUCUUUUUUUCAGCACUGCUGCUGUGCUCUUUCUGUUUACAGUCUCUCCUUUACUUUAUGUCAAACUAUUAUGGAAAAUCAAGUACAGCUACUAUGUGUUCCGCUCCUGGUUCAGUGAUCAUUGGAGCAGACUCAGAGAGGAGGAGGAAAAGUCCAAAUAUGAUGCUUUUAUCUCCUAUAAUUUCUCUGAUGAGCAGUGGGUCAUGAAUCAGUUGCUGCCCAACCUGGAGGGAAAUGGAUCGUCUUUUAAACUCUGCCUCCAUCACAGGGACUUUGAGUUGGGUCGCAACAUUGUGGACAACAUCGUCACUGCAGUGUACAGCAGCAGGAAAACUAUUUGUGUAGUGAGCAAGAACUUUCUACGGAGUGAGUGGUGCUCCCUGGAAAUCCAGCUCGCAAGUUACAGGCUCUUCGAUGAGCACAGAGACGUUCUUCUGCUCGUGUUUCUGGAGCCGAUCGCUGAGAGGCAGCUGUCGCCCUAUCAUCGCAUGAGAAAGGUUAUGUUAAAAAAGACCUAUCUUCAGUGGCCUGGCUCCAACUGCAAUAAUCCGUCACAGGCCCAAGAGCUGUUUUGGAAUCAGCUACGCAGGGCAAUCAGAGCAGGCAGCAGACUGGAAACAGAACAAAAUGACACAGACAAAGAUUUUGCUCUAGCAAGCAAAGAAACUGGAAAUUAUGAGAAACUUAUCAGAUGAAAAGGAUUUUUUGCUACCUUAAAAUGAUUUCCUGUGUUGAUUGAAACAAGUUAUGUAAUGUCAACUCUAAAUAUGUUUUUAUUUAAUUUAUUUUUGUUCAUUAAUGUUUAUUACAGAUUCUCAGAUGUUGUGUUAUACAGUUUCCACACAUUCACUGCUGUAUUUAGCAGACAAAAGAAAUGAAAAACUUUCAAAACAGCAUUUUUUUAAACUAAAAAAAAACAUCCUGCUUGGAGAAUUGUAUAUUUGUUCACAUGUAUUUGUAAUGUAGCACUCAGCAUAAUAAAAGAUGUUCUAAAGAUGCAAACAAUG